CCUCUCCAGCACCCAGUGGUUUAUCCAUGAAGAGUGACCGGUCAAUGAAACCCCCUCUUUACUUUAAAGAUGGAACAACAUCACAGAGAAGUGGAAGUGAGAAAAGAUCAGUCUCACCUGCAUCCAGUCAGCAGUCAGUGCAACAGCCAAUCAGUUCUAAUGAUGGAAGAACAUCUCAGAGAAGCAUGGAUCAUCUCGACCAAAAAUCUGCUAACAAGCUACAGAAGAAGAUCAAAGAGUCUCUCGUCAACAUCUUUGAUGAGGUGGAGACGAUGAUCAUCGGGUUUGUAAAGCACGACCUGGAAAUGUUCAAAAAAUUUCUGAGAAAAGAAAACACAAACUAUUACGGGACAAAGACAAAGGAGGAGGUGUUUAAUCUGAGAGAUGACAUUCUUAAUAUGACGCUGUUUUAUCUGAAGAAGAUGAAACAUGAGGAUGUUGCUUCUGCUCUUCAGAAUGAACUGACUGGAUUUUACCAGCGUAAACUGAAACUAAGACUAAAAAAGAAGUAUCAGCAUGUGUGGGAAGGAAUUUCUAAGAAAGGAGAGUCCACCAUUUUAAAUCAGAUCUACACAGAUCUCUACAUCACUGAAGGUGGAGCUGGAACUAUAAACCAGGAGCAUGAGAUGAGACAAAUAGAAAAGCAGAAAACCAGCUUAACAAAGGAAGCAACUCAAAUGCAGCAGGAGCAACAAAUUGAAUGUCAGAACAUGUUUGAACCACUGCCUGGACAAGACAAGGACAUCAGAACGGUGUUGACACAGGGCGUGGCCGGCAUUGGAAAAUCCAUCUGUGUGCAGAAGUUUGUUCUUGACUGGGCUACAGAUAAAAAAUAUCAGGACAUCAGUUUCAUUUUCCCUCUGCCUUUCAGAGAACUAAACUUGAAGAAAGAAAACCACCGCAAUCUGAUGGACAUCAUCUCUGAGUUUUUCCCUGAAACUAAAGGACUGAGGUUCACAGACAGGUAUAAAGUCAUGUUCAUCUUUGAUGGACUUGAUGAAUGUCGAUUCCCUUUGGCAUUUCAGGAAAAUAAGACACUGACAGACGCAUCGAUGCCAGCCACACUGGACGUUAUACUAACCAGCCUCAUCAAAGGAGACCUGCUUCCCUCAGCUCUGAUCUGGAUAACCACUCGACCUGCUGCAGCUGCUAGGACCCCUGCUGAAUGUGUGGACAGAGUAACGGAGGUCCGGGGCUUCAAUGAUCAACAGAAGGAGGAGUACUUCAGAAAAAGAAUCAGUGAUGAGAGCCUCGCCAACAAUAUCAUCAAACACAUUAAAGCAUCUCGGAGUCUCUACAUCAUGUGUCACAUUCCUGUCUUCUGCUGGAUUUCAGCCACAGUUCUUGAGAGGAUUUUAAAGGAAACAGAAGAUGAAGAGACACCAAAGACACUGACUGAGAUGUACACCUGCUUUCUGAUCUUCCAGACCAUACAAGAAAACCUGAAGUAUACAAGAAAAAAUGCUUCAGAUAUUCCGUGGAAUAAAGAGGCCAUUCUGGCACUGGGAAAGCUGGCCUUCCAACACUUGGAAAAAAACAACCUGAUUUUUUAUGCAGAAGAUCUAGAAGAGUGUGGAAUUGAUGUCAGUAAAAUCUCUGCAUACUCUGGCCUGUGCACUCAGGAAACAAGCAGGUUUGCUGGCACAGUUUUCAGCUUUGUGCAUCUGAGCAUUCAGGAGUUUAUCGCCUCUUUAUAUGCAUACAUGCGUCUCAUAAAUGAAAAUGUGAAUGUUUUCAACCAAGAGUCGACAUCAGCAGAGAACCCUGAGGAGAAAACUAUGGAAUUGCUCAGGAUUGCAGUGGACAAAGCUUUGGAGAGCAACAAUGGACACCUUGAUCUUUUCCUUCGGUUCCUUCUGGGUCUCACAGUUGACUAUAAUCAGAAACUCAUACAAGGUCUGUUGAGGUACAGUGGAAGAAGCUCUGACUGCGAGAAAGAAAUUGCUCAGUACAUCAAGAUGAAGUUUAAUGAAAACCCAUCUCCAGAGAGAUCCAUCAACCUGUUCUACUGUCUGAAUGAGUUAAACGAUGAUACUUUAGUAAAAGAGAUCCAAAACCACUUAAGCUCAGGUAAUUUGUCUGAGGUUGAACUUUCACCUGCACAGUGGUUUGCUCUGGUCUUUGUGUUGCUUACAUCAGAAGAAGAUCUGGAUGUUUUUGACCUACAGAAGUUCAUAAAAUCAGAUGAAUGCUUUAGGAGGCUGCUGCCAGUCGUCAAGGAGUCAAAAAGAGCUCUACUCAGUAGCUGUAACCUGACAGACAGAAGCUGCUCAGCUUUACUCACGAUUCUUAAUUCUGAAUCCAACCUGACCGAGGUGGAUCUGAGCAACAACGACCUGCAGGAUUCAGGAGUAGAGCUGGUAUGUGCUGGACUGAAGAAUCAGAACUGUAAAUUGGAGAUACUGAGGUUAUCAGAUUGUGGUGUAGGAGAGGAAGGUUAUGCUGCUCUGGCUGAAGCUCUGAGAUCAAACCCAUCAUCAGAGCUGAUGGAGCUGGAUCUCAGAGCGAACCAUCCUGGAGAUUCAGGAGUAAAACUGCUCUAUGAGAUACUAGAAGAUCCGGACUGUAAACUGAAGAAAUUGAGGCUGUUUAAAAGUCCUGAUGCAGAGGAAGCCUACACCACUCUCAAUCAGAUUCUAGGUAAAAACAUCUUACAGCAGAAGAAACUCGAUCUGAGCUCCAAAUCAUUGAAAGAGAUCAAAGUGAAUCAACUAUCAGCUCUGCUGGAGGAUCCACACUGCACAAUCCAAAACCUUACACUGAGUGAUUGUAAGAUCUCAGAUGAAGGUUAUGUUGCUCUGGCUAAAGCUCUGAUGUCAAACCCCUCAUCACCUCUAACUGAUCUGGAUCUCAGUGGAAAUGAUCCAGGAACAAAAGGAAUGAAGAUGUUUAAGGAUUUAUUAAAGAAACCAAAAUCUAAACUGAGAGUCAGAUUUCUGAGGAGAAGCCCUGAAAUGGAUGAAGCUUGUGAUUAUCUGAAUAAAAUGGAUAUAAAGAUGUUAAAACUGAGUGAGCUGGAUCUGAGUAGAAGAAAUUUUGGAGAUUCAGGAGUUAAACAUCUAUCGACUGUACUGAAGGAUCCACACUGCAUGAUUACAAAACUCACCUUGAGGAACUGCAGCAUUACAGUUAAAAGUUGUACUGAUCUGAAAUCAGCUCUUGAUGUAAAUCCAUCACACCUGAAAGAUCUGGAUCUGAGUUACAAUCAACUAGGAGAUUCAGGAGUGAUUCAGAUCUCUCAUCUACUGAAGAAUCCACAGUUCAAACUCCACAAACUCACAUUAUCAGAUUGUGGUGUAAGAGAGGAAGGUUAUGCUGCUCUGGCUGAAACUCUGAGAUCAAACCCAUCAUCAGAGCUGAUGGAGCUGGAUCUCAGUGGGAACGAUCCUGGAGAUUCAGGAGUAAAACUGCUCUAUGAUUUACUACAGAAUAAAAAAUCUAAACUGAACACACUGAGGUUGUUGGGUGCUGCUGCAGAAGAAGCUUUUAAUGAUCUGAAGAAGAUUGUGAGUAUAAACCUGUUAGUAGAGAGAGAGCUGGAUCUGAGUAAGAAGAUACAUGGAGAUUCAGGAGUGAAGAAGCUCUCAGAGCUACUGAAGGAUCCACACUGCAGACCCACCACACUCAGGAUUAAUGACGAUGAUCUAACGAUGGAGAGCUGUUCAGCUUUAUCUGAAGUUCUGAGAUCAGGAUCCUCCAGUCUGAGAGAGCUGGACCUGAGCAACAACAACCUACAGAACUCUGGAGUACAGAAGCUCUGUGAAGGACUGAAGAAGAACGAGUGUAAACUGGAGGUUCUGAUAUUAUCAGAUUGUGGUGUAGGAGGUGAAGGUUAUUCUGCUCUGGCUGAAGCUCUGAACUUAAACCGUUCAUACAUGAAGGAGCUGGAUCUCAGAGGGAACCAUCCUGGAGAAUCAGGAGUGCAGAAGAUCUGUACCGUAUGUGAGACUGGAUGGCAGAACAAGAAUGAAAUUAAACUGAGGCUGUUUAAAAGUCCUGAUGCAGAGGAAGCCUACACCACUCUCAAUCAGAUUCUAGGUAAAAACAUCUUACUGCAGAAGAAACUCCAUCUGAUCUCCAAAUCACUGAAAGAGAUCAAAGUGAAUCAACUAUCAGCUCUGCUGGAGGAUCCACACUGUACAAUCCAAAACCUUACGUUGUGUGGGUGCAGCUUAACAGAGAACGACUGCACUACUCUGGUUUCAGCUCUCAGUAUGAACCCAUCACACCUGACUGAUCUGGAUCUGAGUGAAAAUCCGAUAGGAAACUCAGGAGUGAAGAAGCUCGUUCCUCUACUGCAGAAUCAUCAAUACAACCUGGAACGACUCAAAUUAUCAGAUUGUGGUGUAGGAGAUGAAGGUUAUGCUGCUCUGGCUGAAGCUCUGAGAUCAAACCGUUCAUACAUGAAGGAGCUGGAUCUCAGAGGGAACCAUCCUGGAGAAUCAGGAGUGCAGAAGAUCUGUACCGUAUGUGAGACUGGAAGGUUAAACAGGAAUAAAAUUAAACUGAGGCUGUUUAAAAGUCCUGAUGCAGAGGAAGCCUACACCACUCUCAAUCAGAUUCUAGGUAAAAACAUCUUACUGCAGAAGGAACUUCAUCUGAGCUCCAAAUCACUGAAAGAGAUCAAAGUGAAUCAACUAUCAGCUCUGCUGGAGGAUCCACACUGUACAAUCCAAAACCUAACGCUGUAUAAUAAAGGCAGCAUUACAGAAGAAGACUCUGCUGGUUUACUUUCAGCUCUGGUUUUAAAUCCUGCUCACCUGAGAGAGCUGAAUCUGAACCAGAAUAAACCAGGAGAAUCAGGAGUGAGAAACCUGUGUGAACUGGUGAAGAACCCUCAGUGUAAACUGGAGAAACUAAAGCUGAAUAACUGUAGUAUAACAGAGAAGGACUGUAGAGAUCUGGCUUCAGCUCUGCACUAUAACCCCUCAUACCUGAAGGAACUGGAUCUACGUGAGAAUAGACUAGAAGAAUCAGUAAAGCGACUGUUUAGUCUACUGAAACACUGCAACAUAAUAUUUGAUAAACAAAGAAGGUUUUGCUUUUUAAGGCGAUGCCAAAAAAAGCCUGAUGACCAGCCGGCUGAACCGGGCAGCUCCUCUUCAUCACAAAAACCAGCAAAAGAUGAAGAAACCAAAACACAGAUGAAGAAGAAGGUUCCUCACUCACCUCAGACAGUAAAGACAAAUUUUGGUGUGCGUAACCCACUCAGUGUAAUCAGUAAUUCAGGAAUGGUGGAGACCCCCAGGACAGCAGUGGGACAGUAACUCAAAAACAUCAACGUCAGGCUAGACAACGUCGUACCACCAUUAAUCCUGUUGAGGGAUUUUAUCUUUUAGUAAUUUUUGCUGUUCAUUAUCGUCUAAUCUUUUGUCUUCGCAAUGAGCUAUUAACGAAUGUCUCAACACACACACACACAUACACACACACACACACACACACACACACUACUAUAGCUGUAGUAUCCAUCCAACAGGCUCUCUUAUCUCCCACUAGACUUUUUUUUUAUUCUCUGACCAAGGUCCUUCUUGUGCCCAGCUUCUUUCAUUUCAUAAUGAUCACUGUAGACGUCCUUGUAACACUCAAAGCUUAAGAUUUUGGUUUUUUAAUAUUCUUGCCCUGAUCUGUGCAUGACUAUAAUGUGACGGUGGAGAUCUACAAACGAUUCCUUGGACUUGGUUCUGUUUUUGUCCUGACGAUGCAGUGUUUAUAGACUCAAGUGUUCCUUUCUGUUAGAUCCUAGUUACACUUAUGUCCACAUACUUAUGGUAUUAGGCCUAGUAUGUCUACACUUUGCACAGCUUAAGAGCUGAGCAUGCAGUUCUAAAUAGUGUUUAGGCUGGUUUUGUUGUAGUUGUUGAGAAACAACCUAACAAAUGUUAAUACCUAACAAAUGGUGGAGUAUGUGGGCAAUCUAGUCCAGGUAAGUGAGUAAGUCUCUAAGAUUAUUUAUCUGUUGAAUUAUGAAUCCUUGUUUAUUUUGUGUAUUUCCUCGGACACUCCUCCUUUCCUUUUUACUUCUAUUUAAUUAAAUUUUAUCAUUAAUGGGAGAGGAGUAAUUCCUUGAAUUAUAUUUGUUGGUUACUAACACCGUCUUAUUUUCUUGUAAGUAAUGGGGACCCAAAAUUUUAAAAAUAAGUAUUAUUGUCCUAAAUUGCAUGAAACACCUGAACAGUGGCUUGAUAGAUUUGGACAAAGUACUUACACAGGAAUGUGAUAGAUAAUUUACAUGGUUUUAAUAAAAAUCUAGGAUUCAGGCCUUUUCCUAAACAGGACUCAUUUGAACUUGAAUAUUUGCGCACUGCUACUUUGUGUAUUGUAGAUAAAUAUGGGGAUCCUAACUGAGAUUAGGAUUUCAUGAAUAAUGGUCUUGAUUUUUGGAGGAAUAUGAAACCAAUCUGGGAUAAAUGUCAUAGUAAAAAAGACAAAAACAGCCAAAGGCUAUCAAAAGUACUAGUACAAAUGCACCAGUACAAAAACAACCUGUUGUGGCCCAUAGUAAAAAUUCACAACAAACUCUGAAUGUUGGCAUGGAUUGUAAUAAUACCAUUAAACCAAAACU